AUGAGCGGCCAUGUUCCUGGUCAUGGCAGCGUGACCUUCGAGGAGCUCGAGCACGUCCUGGAUGGAAGCGCCAUCCAUGCUCUGCGUACUGCCAAGGACCGAACUACAACACUGAAUGAUCGCUUGUCCAUUUGGGAGCUCUGCGAGUUGGUUGGUGAGGCGUCUUUCUCUGCAGUUCCUGUACCCGAACAUGGAAACAGCUCGUGCGUGUCUGAUGACGAUGCUGCAUCCUUCGAUUCGCUGGAACAGGACUCAUCACUGGAGAGAGUCGUAGAGGAAGUUCGAUUGGAGCUUUACCCUGAAAAGUCGACGGACAGUGAUGAGGAUUUUCCUGGAGACUUUGUGGAUGGUCCAUGCUGCGUCCGAGGGCAGUGGAGCCCGGAUGGCGGCCCCGGCAUGGCACAAAAUCCUCAAGUGCAGCUGGAGACUGACCGGGUGACGCUGCUCAGAGCCGAGCUGCGCGCCAAGCUGCUGGAACCAAACAGCACGCUGGAGCUCUGGCUUCUCCAGGGAACUCGCUGGGGCAAGCGGGUGAAGCAGCUGGCUUCGGAGGAGAAAGAGGAGGAGGAAGAUGAUGCGAAAAUCUUGAAGAAGGGCAUGACGAAGCGCGGGCAAACCAUGCUGAAGGCGGAGCAAGCUGCCGCGCAGUCAGGAAAGUCUGGGCAAUGCCGCGUUUACAAGAUCCUCACCUCUGCACAAAGCGUUACUCACUUCGCUGGCCCUCUCCGAGUGAUGCUGGAGAUCGAGGUCAAGGCGAAGGAGUCCUUGACGUUUGUGCUUACACGAGGUCGACACCAACUGCAGCAGGCCCCAGCGAGACCAGCUUCUGGAUCGGAGAAUGGAAGUCGUCGAGGAUCUGUGGGCGGUCGCCGGCAGUCUCAACAGCAGUCAUACCAUCGACAGUCGACUGCGCUCGAGGAGCCGCCCAGCCCCCGCAGGGGCUCUGUGCGCUUGAGCAUCGGCAGCGGGGCGGCCCCGAACCAGGCUUUGAACAAGUUGACGUCACGAGCCAGCAUCGUCUCCGACGCAUCGAGUAGCAAGAAGUCUCCAACAGCCGGGCGUCGAUCAUCCGUGGGUCGACGGGGCUCUCAGACUAUACUGCCUGUGCUGCCGGUCGCCAACCUCGAUGAAGUUGAAGGCCAUGAGGCGAAAACUGAACCUGUCAAGCUGGUCACUGUUGCGCCGGAAAUAUUGACGCGUCCUGAAAAAGCCCUUGUCCGCAAUUGGAAUCCGGAGGAGGACUACUUCGAGUUGCGUAUUUGGGGCAGCUCACCUCUGCGGCGAGGUCCCAAGCUGGUCCUUACGGCUGCUGACAAAGCUGCCAAGCAUGUUCCGCGGCGCGACCGGCGCUGGGAAGGUACCGUGAGGACCUUUGCGCGCACUUAUGGCAACCUUGAGGGCGCUCAUGAGGAGUCUUGCUCGGCUACCUGCAGUGACGUGGCACGCCAUGCGCGCUUCGGACUCAACGAUCAGCUCGAUGCGAUCCUUGCAGCACUCCGUCGAAUGCGCGCGGAGGACACAGACCGGGACCCUGACUUCUUCAAGUACUGCCCCAGGCACUGUCAACCAGGCUUGAUGAUUCUGGAUUGCGUUGGCAAGGAAUUGGGUACACCGGCGAGAUAUUAG